CUUUUAAAUUUUGUUGGUGCGUUAUCAAAACAUUUUUGCCAGUCAAAUGGAUUGAGUCAUUGUUUUUGAAAAUCUGAAACAUUUUUCCUUAUAGUUUUUUCUGUUAGGGAACUUUUUUCUUGCAACAUAUCAAGGGUGAAAAUGAAUUGCUCGGUUUCUGAAGAUGGAUCAUUGUGUAACGAAUUUAUUUCAUUAAGAUUUCGUGAGAAGUUGAAAAAUGAUUCAAUUAAAUUGUGGUUGCCCCCUUACUAUUCUGUUGAAAAUAAAGGUCAAAGCGAGGAGGAAAAAAGAGCUUUUCAGGAGCUGGUUGAGAAAUUUGCAGUAGCUCUAAACCUUGACAUUUCUGUGUGUCACGACAUAUUGUGCCAAUUCCAGCAGAAUGCCCUGAAACACCUGCAGGAACGCAGUGAAUACAAAGAAACGGGCGUGGCUACGAUACGCGUGAAGGUGUCUGGUGCUCAGAAUGAUGUCUGCCAAAAAACGAUCAACGUUUCGACGAAAUUGGAUGUCCCAGUCUCUGAUGUACAGAAAAUGAUCGCUGACAAACUCGGCUUGUCUGCUGAAAGAUUGAAGCUAAUAGCCGGCGGCCAGGUGAUGAAAUCGGACCAGCAGCUGAUGAUGUACGGCAUCCAAAAUGGCUGCCAGCUGAUGGCAAUUAUCCUGGGCGCAUGCGCCGGAGAGAAGUUGCGUGCGGAGGAGGUGCAACUGCGCUCCGUGCAACAGAUGCGAGCCGACAUUGGACUGCUCGCCAACAGCACCAACCAAGUCGAUCCCUAUCUACAGAUAACAGACCAAGCCGGUAAUUCUUUGUACCUGCCAGACGAGGAGAGGCGAUCUCUGGUGACAGCCAUGACUCUUCACGAAAAAGGACGAGCUGCCAUGAAAAGAAAUGACUAUGCACUGGCUUUGAUCUUCCUACUUGAAGCUGACAAGGAGUUCAGCUCAUGCAGGUCUCAGCUGCUGGAACGUGUGGACAACUUUGCGCUGUUGAAUAUGGACAUAGCGUGGUGUUACCUGUUUCUGGAGAACCUGGCUCUGUUGCCCGACGCCGAGCAGAGACUGAAGCAGUGCGAGGCCAAGUUCAAAUACAGUUAUGGGCCCAAUCUGGAGCGCAUUGUCGAGCUUAAAGGCAGUGCUGGCAAUGAGGCAACAUUGUUGUUGCGUCUGCAUCUGUUGCAAGGAAUCGUGCUAUUCCACCAGAACAAGACUGACGCCGCCCUCAUUCUACUCAACGAAGCCAAAGCUGAGCUCACCAGUCUCAAACAGAUCGACUCUAGUCUGCCCGUUCUGCUCCAAAUGGGCUUUACUCCGGCAGAAGGCAGAUUGGGCCUUCGUGCUACCAAAGGUCACGUGGAGGACGCAAUCGUUCACAUUGAGAAGCGCAGACAAGAACUGAAGGCAGCUCGUGAGAGGGACGGCCUUGAACGUGAGAGCCGUAAGAUGGGCAAAUGUGUGGACGGGCAGCAGUGGGUGAGCGAGGUGGUGGUGUCGCAGUUGGUGGGCAUGGGCUUCCAGAGGGAGUUGGCCGUCGAGGCGGCAAGAAACAGCAAUAAUGUCAUUCAUGAGGCCAUCACGCUCAUCAACGAGCAGCCACAUGUGCUCACGCAACAGCUCAUGCGCACGCUGUUGCACAAGAUAACUGAUCUGGGAUUUCUAUCGACAAUGGCUAAGCUUGCUCUGAGAAAAAACAAUUUCAAUGUGGAGAGAGCAAUUGAGGAGUUGACUGUCUGUAAUGGCUAUAUUGAAGGCGAAGUUUCUGACGAGGACAUACCUUCCACAAGUACAGGCAAAACAUUGAAAGACGCAGGCAAGAUUCUUAAAAGAGAAAGUGAAGCUUUCAGCAGAAUCAGAGAAGACAUAAACGAGACUGGAGUUGAUGAUUAUUUGGAUUCAACUCUCGAAGAAGAAGAACGCUUUCUUCUCCGUUAUCUGUCUAUUCUUCAAUCGUGAAUAAGCGCUCACAAAAAUCAUCCUGCUACCUCAACUACUUAAAUUCGAGUACCUUAAUUCCCCAGUGAUGUGUAAAGAUGAAAAAUCAUAAUUUUUAAAGUUGAGACUUUCUUUAAAUCACUUGAAAAUUGUUAUUUUGAUAUUUUCUAUCAACUAACAGCUACCUGUUCAUUACUAACAGAAGUAAUGAAAAAAUGUUUGUUUUUGAUUCGUGUGACAUUUAAUUGGCGGCAACACCCAUAACUACAUCAAAGUUUGACUUUAUCUGAAAUUUGUUAAUAAAAAUUGUUUAUAUUUAUUUAUAGUCCUACAUUAUACAUUUGAUUUCUU